CUAAAUGCUACAAGCACACACGUCAGAAUGGCUGUCUGGAGGGCUGGGCACAGUUUAGUAUGUGUGUGUGUGUGUGUGUGUUUGUGUGUAGGUUGAAUAGCGCAUCAGGAUGACUGUGAAAUAUCCAACAUGUAUAAUCUGCUUUAGGCUGGGUAGCUAACUAAAUAUCCUCAUAACAAGUACCACUAAUGGGAUGGAUUUUCAAUAUUAGCGAAUAGCGAUUAUAGUAUUACAAAAUGAUUAUGUAGUAAUGAGUGAAUAUUUGGAUUUCUGACACCUCAUAGCUCUAGAGUGGGAGUGUCCCGUGUAGAAAUAACAAUUGCAGUCAGUGGAAAAAAGGGUGUUUUCUGUAAUUUGACAAUUAGAUUGUUAAUUACAUUCUGUCGUCAUAUAAGGCGUGAAUCUUUCAUCUUAUAAAAAAAUUACAUACCGAAGCAGUUUUGCAAGUACACUGUGUUAUGAUGUGUGAUACAAUGGUUUAAUAAAGUGACUACAGAAAGGCUUGCAGGAGGUGCGUAGGGACACGUUGGCUUGACUGCACUAUUUUAGGCUGCAUGGCAGUAACCUUAAGCUAGACUGGCAUGUUUGACAGUAUAAAUAUCCAGGUUCACACCGGCACUCUGGCUCUGUUUACAUUGAGCUUGUGACAGCCCUGUGUGAAGAGACAGAGCCUGCCAAUUGGAUAUUGAUUCAACCCAAGCUGUCCUCCGAAAAGUUUAUGGACGCCUCUACUGUUGACUCACCAAAGUCAUAUGUAUCCUCAUUCGGACUUGCUAUGGACCAGCAGCACGAUUUAUUGAGCUCCUCGCCCAAUAGCCACACAGCUCACUACAACUCUGGUGAUACCAUGGCAACCUCCCUUUCUGGAAUGACCAUCAACGAUCAUCACCAUGGCAACCAAUUCCAUAAGGAGAACGGAAUUGCGGUGGGGCUCGUGAGACCAGGGGACUGUCCAAUGAAAGAGGAGUUUUCAGAAGAACAGGUGGAUGCUGAGCACAGUAAUGCUGAAGGCACCUCCUCUGCUGAGCAACAGCAAUGUGAGAGCCCCCGGGAUUCAAAACAGGAAGAGAAAGAGGAUCAGUGCCAGCCUGUAGUGGAAAUGACGAGUGCUGGAGGAACAGCACCUGCAGCUUUAGCAGCAGGGUUUUCAUCAGAUGGUUAUGAUCAACACUCGGACUGGAACCGUGUAGACCCCCAGAGAAUACUAGAGCAGGACCAAGACCUCCUCAGAAGCAGCUGGUCUGGACAACCGGUCCAUUCCCUUCAUCGACGGACAGCAGUCAGUCCAGACCGCACCAGGAGCCUGUCUCUGGAGAACGAGCCACCUGUGACUUUCCUGGUCCGCAGCGCUGCCCUGGAAGACCUGACAUCCGUCAGGGAGAGGACUGUAGAAGCCACGGCUCCUUACAGCGAAACCCUCCAGGAAGAGGAAGAACUGUCUUUUUAUGGCAACGAGAGCAAUGUUGAAGAAGAAACGCUUCCUGCAUGGGCCUACAGGGCUCAGGCGACACUUGAUGAAUAUGCACCUUCUGAAACGAAAGAACAUAGUGUUUCCCAAACUCUUUCUCAUGAACACAUGGAAGCAAUGGGAGAAGUGCAGGAGAAAGCUGAUGCUAUGUUAUCAGAGGUUGAUCACAUCGUUACCGUUACCGCCGAAGAUGACGGAAAGACAGAAGCCACUCCUCCCUCUGCAAGCACAGUUGGCUGUCCAAAAGGUGUCAACGUCUCCACGGCAAGAAAAUCCUUGGUGCCAGUGGCUCAAUUCAAAGCUCAGUCCAAGACCAAUGGUGAUACUGAGAAGAGGACCCCUAAAAACAGUAAAGUCAGACCUUCAUUCCAUAAAACACCUUCCUCCAUCCCCAAAAAGACCUCCUCUAGUAGAUCUCCCUUAGUGUCUUCCUCCAGUUCUUGGCCCAAAGAAACCAGGACAAGAGCUCCUAGUAGCAGUAGACCUCAUGCUGCCGGAACAAAGAUUCCUGCCAUGACUGCAGCUGCCAAAAAUGGAAAAGACUCUCCUAAGACCCCGGAGACCAGCGGGCACAGCAGCCCCGGCACUCCCAAAUCCCCUGCCAGCAAGGCUGCGGGUGGCAAGCCUCCAACCACAGGAAAUGAAAUCAAGAAGGUCGCAGUGAUUCGCUCGACUCCUAAAUCUCCAAAGAACCGCUCGCCCACAUCACUGUCGGCCGCUGCCCCCCUCCCUGAUCUGAAGAACGUACGAUCCAAAAUCGGCUCCACUGACAACUUGAAGCACCAGCCUGGAGGCGGCAGGGUACAAAUUCUUGAUCAGAAGGUGGAUUUCAGUAAUGUUCAGGCCAAGUGUGGCUCCAAAGCCAACCUCAAGUAUACGCCAGGAGGUGGAAAUGUAAAAAUUCUCGAUCAGAAGGUGGACUUCAGUAAUGUCCAGUCAAAGUGUGGCUCCAAAGACAAUUUGAAACAUGUACCGGGAGGUGGCAGUGUUCAAAUUCUCGAUCAGAAGUUGGACUUAAGUAGCGUGCAGUCUAGAUGUGGUUCCAAAGAUAAUAUCAAACAUUUACCUGGAGGUGGAAAUGUCCAAAUCCUCCACAAAAAGAUUGAUCUGAGCAAUGUGCAGGCAAAGUGUGGAUCGAAAGACAACAUCCGCCACAAACCAGGUGGAGGAAACAUUGAGAUCAGGUCUGAGAAGCUUGAAUUCAAGGCUCAGUCAAAGGUCGGAUCUAUGGACAACAUUAAACACACACCUGGAGGAGGCAGCAGGAGGAGAGAGAAGGGGAGAGGGGCAGAUACGCCCCGAGAUGAGGGCUUCGUCACCCCAGACCCCUCUGAUACCCCCACCCUCUCAUCUGCCAGUAUGUCCCCAGAGCCCAUCCUCCUCAGCAACCCCCAGAUAAAGAUUGAGGACUCCCAUUGAGUCGCACAAACUGAUGUUCCGUGAGCAGGCCAAAGCGCGAACCGACCAUGGCGCGGAAAUCGUGUCUCUAGAGGAGUCGCCACAUGGCCUGAGCACCGUCUCCUCUUCUGGCAGCAUCAACAUGGCAGACCCCCCGCAGCUUUCCACCCUCGCUGACCAGGUGUCUGCAUCGCUGGCCAAGCAGGGCUUGUGAUUGGACCACACCACCACCAAACCACGCCCCCCAACCCCAGCCC